UUUUUUCUAUCGCUAGUAUUUCAUGUUUUCCUUGUAAUUAGCUGCUUAUUGAUUUUUUUUCAUAAAGUUGUAUACUUAAUAAUUCCACGAUAAGAGCAAAAAUAUACAACACAUAUUUGAUUUCAUAGAUUAGUCAAGGGAAUAGAAUUCUACUAUUUUGUUCAGCUAUUCUUUUAUAGAGAGUAGGAAGUAAUGUCAUUUUCUGAUCAUUGUUUGGCAUUAAGUGCGAACUAGACAAAUUCUUUCAGGCUUAGAUUUAAACUAAUAUUCCCCGAUUUUAUAUCUCACAAAAUCUCGUACAGCUUCAUAUUGGUAUAAUCACCUGCAGUACCUAACCUUAUUUUGAGAAACAGAAACACUUACAACAAAGAAACUAAAUCAAACUACCAAUUAUGUUACAUAUGUAACUCAAAAAAAAAAAUGAAUUAAAAUAUCGGAUUAGAAUUUUAGAAGCUUUUAUGUGUUUACAAUGAAAAGGGUGUGAAAAAUUUGAUGAAACUAAAAAAAUCUAAAUUUGAGAUGCUUGAAUUCCAUGUUAGAUUUUAGUUUUCCUUUGAGCACUAAAUGAAAUAUUGUGAGCGAUGAUGCCCGCUGGCAAGCUUAUAUUAUAUCAGUCGCACCUGUCAAUCUUAAUUUCAAUUUUUAUCUGUUGUUCACUGAUAAAAAUGUUUCUUGGAUGUCUUAAAUUUUCUACAUUCAAUAUAUUUUUCUGAAAAAAGUAAGACUUUCAACUGCUAGUGCUUUAGAAAAAUCCAAUGAAAUAUUUUUCGUGGAUUACGCCUAUUCAGUGCGCUAGUUUUAACCAAUCAUCUUAUCGCUUACUUCAGUAAACCGUGCCCUCUCUUUAUGUCGUCAGCAGUACAGUAGGGAGAAUAAAGAAUUCGUCUGCCCCUCCGAAGGAAGGUCAAUCUUUGGUUCUUGGCGUUUUGAAUAAUCACGGGAGUUAUGUUUCGUGAUUUUUUUUCAAAUCCUUAAAUUGAAUGGAUAUAGUGCCAUUUAUUUUAUGGAACCAUCUGGUGAAAAACUGUCAAACCUUCGAAAACCUGGCCGUAUUGCCGAGAAUCCUGUGGUAUGCCUGGCAGGCCAUACCGCCCUCGCCAAGAGGGCAUUUCAGGUCGACGUGCUAUAUCGAGUUAACACCGACUGAUGUUCGCGGUGACCAGGUCAUGGGAUCAUUUGAGAUUUCAUUGGAAGACUACUGUAGGAUAAAGAUAGAAGAUUUUCAUAGAGAGCAAUUGUUUUCUGCAGAGAGAAGAAAUCCUGAAGAGGAUGUGAAAUCAUUGGUCAAUGGGAAGAAUACACAGAAUUCAGGGUUCCUCGUCAUAUGAUGAAAUUACCAACCAGACUUUGUUCUUCACCAUCUAGUACACCUCACUUGAUAUUAGAUUAUGAGAGAGUUUUUACAAGUGAUCUAGAAAUAAUGGCUGAAAUAAUGAAGUUAAAAUUCCAAGAAAUUGUAACCAGAAGUUUAAUUUGGACAAUAAAUAAUUUUGCCUCUAAAAAUUCCUUCAAUUUGUCUGUGUUUGUCAGGCGCUUGAAUCCUGACUGAUGGUGCAGUAACUAUACUGUCUAGACUCUAAGUCAAUUACAUGAAAAAUCAAUUUUUUAUCCCAAGAAGAACACUGAUGGGAGAGAUUUGUUGAAGGUGCCAAAAAUAAUAAACACUCCCUAGCAGACGACAGAGAAUCUGCAGCAGUUCUGCUGCACUAGAUGCAGAAUGCACUGUGCAUAUUGUCUGCUUACUGAUAAGGAUGAAAUUGUGGAUUUUCAGCUUCUCCCUUAGGGUAAGUUAUUUGUCUACAAUUUAAGAUUAUUUUUUAAAUUAUUUUUAUUGGGGGGUGGGGGGCUUCAUUUAAACAUUUCAUUUUGUAAUAUUUUUUUGAUAAUGAUUUCUUUCAGUUACACUUACUUCUUUUUUGAAAUAGUCAUAAAGUUUUUAAUGUAUGACAUUUUUUUUAAUCUUUUAUAUGAUGCAAGAUAAGUUGUUUUCCUCUAAAUUUUGUCAUAUAGAAUUGAUAAAUAAUGGGACAUUCAGUACCAGAAUUGUAGACACCAAGUGGUUUUGAGAUAUUGUGCUUAUAAGAAAAACUAUCAAUUUUUCAAUUUUCAUCUUUUUUUUUUAUUAUAUAAGUAGAAAGUGGUUUGCUUUCUUAAGUGUCAAUUAAGCAUCUAUAUAUUUUAGGAAGAAAAAAAUCUGGUUCUCCCUAUCUUAUUUCCUUCCCUCAAUUUUUAUCUUUCUCCUCCCUCAUUAAUAAUAGCAAAAAUUUAAACUGAAGUUAAAAUUCACUGGAGGAAAAGACAUCUUGCAGGAAGAAAUUCUGUUUAGCUGGGCUAGCUGACUUUUUCCAUUGUUAGUUUCACCUGAGGUGAACUCGCAUCUGAGGAGUUAAUAACCCUGUAAUUGAGAAUAUACUAGGUAUGCCCAGACUGUGGUUUAUUGGGAGUUGCUAUUAUUAGAAAUAUAUGUCAGUAGAGCGAGAGAUUAGGAGUGUGGUGGAGCUGUUACUGUAUAAAAGGACAGGAAUUUUUUUCAAACCAGGUAUGUAAAAGCAAGUUAUCAAUUUGAAAUGGUAUCUGUAUGUUACAUUUUUGUGAGGCAAAUUAAACAAAAGACAAAUUGGGUCAGCUUUGUAUCCAGGGAAUAAAUGUAGACUUGAUUACUGCCUGUUGUGGAAACUGCGUCUCUAGUUAGAGGAUUUUUUUUUGCACUUGGUGUGCUGAAUUAAAAAUUGUUUAUGAUUUUGGUGUACAUGUAAUUGUAUACUUUCAUAUGGUAUGUACAGUGAUUCUUGGGUUAUAAUACAACACAAAUAUUUCCUUUUAUUGACCUUAUUUAGGAAAAGCAGCUUAAUGAAGAAAAUAAAUGCAGAAUCAGGCAUAUAACUUGGUAAAAGGUAGACAGAGUAUUUAUGUCUGGUUCAGAUUUAGAGAUUGGAUGAUAUUGCAUUUGGCAAUAGUUUAGAUUUCUGUCAUUUUGGUGUAUUGGUGAUCUUGGUAAAUGAGGUGUAUUUGAACACUUGAUGGUAUGAUCUUGUCCAAGUUAUGUAUUAACUAUCCAGAUACUGAACAAAAUAUGCUGUCUGCACUCCAUGUAGACUGAAACACUUUAAAUGAUAAAGUAAGAAUAUAUAAAUUCACACAAUAAGGUAAUGAUGUUACAGAAAUGUUCAUAUUUUUUAACAAAACCCACAAAUAAUGAACACAAAACACCCCCCAAAAAAUGAGGAAGUAAAUGGAGGAAACAAGAUGUUAUUGUUAGGGUCCAGUAUACCAGCCAUUCACGUCUUGCAAAGCAUCAGCCAUGAAACUCGAUCUCUGAGCCAAUAAUUCAUAUACUUGAGAAGACUUAGUUUCUGUUGAUCCAUUCAAUCAGCAGAUUGCAUGGUCUUGGUUAGCAAGUGGACGCAAAUUCUGAAUGUAAAAGAGUCAUACUCAUUUGUUAAUUAGGUUCCAAGAUUAUUCCAUUUUUGUAACAUUCAAGGGUUUGUGAUCAGCUGAUGGAUGCAUAGUUUUCUAUAGGUAUUGUGUUACUCGUGAGAGUUUUACCUAAGGGGGUGAUGGUUGCAGUCAUAUUGUAAAUGUGUGUCAUUAGCUGUUGGUAGAAUCCUGAGAAUAAAUACGAAUUUUUAGGGUAUCUGUUCAUUGAAACCGGCAAAUCAGACAGCAUUCCAUGUUUCUGCAUUUAUCAGCAGUCUAUAUCAUAGAAAUAUUUGUUCAUGAACAAAAAAGGUUUAGCGACAGAAAAAAUUACUGUGGAGUGGUACGUGGUCAAUUUUAAAAGUGAGCACUGGUGAGCAUCACACAGUAUCCAGAUGUAGGGAGUAAAGCUGAAUACAGAAGCUAGCUGUAUCAGGUCAUUGGGCGGUCUCUUGGGACAAGGGCGUUCAGAAUGGCUGUCUAUUUCCUACUUAUCUCCUUUACAGUCUAGACUCAAAAAAUGUCAAGUGAGGAUAAUAGUGGCUAAACAGUGUCUGCUGUGUGGAAUUGAAAAUUUCCGCUGCUUCUUUUCUCAUCUACAAAAAACUCACUUGUUGAUAUGGCACUAAUUGAAGUGAAGUAUGAGACUUCUCUUGAGUACAGAGAGGUAAAUAUUAUUGACUAGUGAUCGAUAGAGAGAGAUAUAUGAAAAGCAAGACAUAGCUUUGUUGUUUAAAAUGGCAUGACAGAAUUUUUUUGCACAACUUUAAUAUAUGGAUAUCUUCUGUUAGUUUUUUUUCCAUUUCCUGUUUCGUUUAAAAAAAAAAUUGUUUCAUAAUUGUUAUCCAAGAAAGAUUUUGUUCUAUUGAAGUUAUUUUUUUUUUUUAAAGGGUUGUAGUUGACCUUGAUCUUUGAUCUCUACCAGUUCAAGCAUGUAGCAUUCUUUGUAGUAUCAGUGUGCAAUCUCUUUGUAAUCAGCAAUGAAGUUCUGGAAUGAUAUUUAGGAAGAAUGUAUAUACAGCGAUGACUAAUUGUAUGGACGUUUGUGCAAUAAACUGGUAGUGCAAAUCGUAAAAAUGGUUGAUAUUUAAAGUUUUGUGAAUCCAGGUAUAUUGAUUGGCAAUAUAUUAACAAAGAGAAACUAUUUCAAAAGGCACACGUGUUACCACUUUGUUAUAUUGCAUGCCUGAAGUUGUGGUUAGAGUUUGAUGACCUAGAUAUUAUCACUUUGUCUAGACUUAGCUCAGCAAGAAUUGAUUGAGGCACCUUGAGGUUCAGCUAAUGAGGGAUUUCCUGAAACUGUUAGACUUACCUGAUAGA